AAUAUGUAUAGCAUUCACAUUUAGCAAAGACAACAUAUUCAAUACUAUUUUCCAGAAUAAAAAGAAAUUAAAAAUUAGAAAACCAGGGCUGGUAAUCCUUCAAGAUGUUUUGACACAACUACCAAUAUUUUGAUACUACUUUCUGAAUAUUUUUGAAUAACAUUUUGAUAAAAUCCAUUUUAAUAAAUGAAUUUGUCUGCUAAAAUAACAGAAAAAAAUGUUCCACGUGAGACAAUACUGACCAAAUCUUGGAUUAAUGGACAAAUCUCCUCAGUCAAUGCUUUCCUGUGAUUAAGAACAAAUAAACAAAAUAGCUUGUUAAUACAUGUAUACAGGGUUCUCACCAGGAUUUUUUUCAGUGUAACGGGAGGUUGAUAGCAACAUUAGCUAGCUGUCAUUUAGCUACUGCUAAUGCAGAAUCACAGCAGCAUUGUUUACAGUCAGUUAGAAUAAAACAAAACACUGACCUUUUUUUCCAUCGUUUUGUUCUUGCUGGAAUCUCCACUUUAUCAGAACCCGGGAGAAUAUAUUUUCUUUUUAAUCUGUCCAUUUUCCUUAGUAACAGGCACUCGCGGGCAACCCAGAACAGUGGCCCGCCACUGACGUUACUGGACGAACUAGCCAAUCACAGCACAGAGAUGUUAUCCAAUCACAGGACAGUAACCGCGAAAAGAGGAGACGGAUGAGGAGACGCAGACGGAUCGACUUUGUGAACUAUCAUGUCCAAGUUUCGGUACGCUCUUGUUUCUUGGGCAGAAGGACCCGACAAAGAUGCUGUCAGCAUUGUACCGACAAACUGGAUCAUUGACUUUGACCCCACGGAUACUUCCAGAACAUAUCUCGUGGAGUGUCGAGUUGCUAACGGCAAGAAGCCUGCUAAUGGUUGGCAAGUUGAGCCGGCAGUGGUGCUGCAGCUAGCAGAAAAAGAGUCUACACUGAGGUCUGCCGAGCGGGAACUUUUAAAAGUGGACAAGCCAAAACAUGACAAGAGACCCAGGAAACCUAAACGUCUUUUCCAUGAAGAAGAUGAUGAGGAAACAGCACCAAUUCCAAAAAAGAAACCCAAACUUGCAGCUCAGAGACGGGCUGAUGAAGAAAUUCUUUCUGAGGACAACCAACUUCGACCAGUCCAGAAUCCAGGGGAAUCAUCAAGCAUGGAAAACGCUGACCAAAUCAGAGUGCUUCAGAACCAGGUCAGGGCUUUGCAGAAGGAAAACACCAGACUGCGCAACAUGGUAGUUAAAGAAAUUCCAACUUUGUUGAUGGAAAUGAAAAACGUUCUCGCAAACCGUUCUCCCAUGGACCUCCGUCAGGUCGAAGGUGAAGGUGAAACUACACCUUGCAAACCUUCAGAAGUGAAAUUGGGGAAUGAUGGCACUACCACUGUCUCGGCUCAUUGUUGGGAGACUGCAAGAGCACAACCUACAGCUAAUGGGAUGGCACGAGUGCUGCUGAUGGGCCUCUUCAGUGUUGAUGUUCUCCUCAAAUCUAACCUGACCGGGGGGCUCAACAAAAUCGAUCCUACUGCAGAGCGGCGACAGGCUCUCGAUGGGAAGAAACUGCAGGCUUUACUUGAUGCUGUGGUGAACCAUCACCCAGGGACCAAGCUAUCUGAUUUAAGAAAAUCAAUCAACACAAGGAUUUGUGAGUUAAGGCACCAAGUGAAGCAAAAAAACAUGUCAAAUGUUAAAUAGGAUACCAAAAAGUUUUAUACUUUUGGUUCUUUUUGUUCUUUUCCUUGUUUGGAUAUUGUUGAUGUCAUGUAAUGACUAAAUUCUAUUUAAAUUUGUUUUUGUAUCGUGUUUUGUUACUCACACAUUCAGUGUUAGGUGUCUUUAUUUGUUUUUACCAAUGCAAAGCUAGCUUUAGUUUUGAACUUUCUGAGGAGGGAUUUAAAUCUUGCAUUGUAGGUGGGUGAUAGUUGCCAUCCAUGGCCAACCUUUCUGUUAAGGGACUUAAUUGCUAUGACUAAUGUUGGUAGACAGUCAAGCAUGUUUUAUAUCUAAAACACAAUUAAAGAUGUUUGAACACUCA